AUGACUCUGCGAGGAGGCUUUCCGCUUCUCUGCCAGCAGUUCACGGCGUUGUUCAAGAAGAAUCUUCUGCUAACAUGGCGGAGCAAGAGAGCCACGUUUCUUCAGCUCUUCUCUUCGUUUUUCUUGAUCCUUCUCAUCUUCUGUAUCCAAGAAGCGAUGGAGGCGAACGACGAAACCUCGGCGUCGCACACAAGUGUCACCGAUCCCAAGGCAUUAGCCUCGCCUCCGAUUCCGCCUUGUGAGGAUAAGUUUUUCGUGAGACGCCCCUGCUUCGACUUCGUGUGGAGUGGGAACCAGAGCCGUCGAGUGACUGACAUUGUCUCUGCAAUUAUGGCCAACAAUCCCGGACGACCAAUUCCGAGCGAAAAGGUUCAAUCUUUUAAAGGGCCUGAGGAGGUAGAUGCAUGGUUUUUGUCACAUCCUUUGCAAGUCCCAGGAGCUUUGCAUUUUGUGGAAAGGAAUGCUACUGUAAUCAGCUAUGGAGUUCAGACAAAUUCCACGUCGGAGAAAAAACGUGGUCGUGCUGAAGAUCCAACGUUUAAGUUCCUUGUUCCUCUUCAAAUCGCAGCAGAGCGUGAGAUCGCAAGGUCCUUGAUUGGAGAUGCAAACUUUGGUUGGGGUUUCGGGUUUAAGGAAUUUGCGCGUCCAGCUAUUGUUGGUGGACGAGGAAAUUUUUCUGCACUGAAUAUAAUGGGACCAGUGUUCUUUCUUGCUUUCUCCAUGUUUGGUUUUGUUCUCCAACUCGGUUCUCUGGUUACCGAGAAGGAGCUAAAACUUCGCCAGGCAAUGACAAUGAUGGGAGUUUUUGACACAGCUUAUUGGUUAUCAUGGCUCGUAUGGGAAGGAAUCCUUACGUUUAUCUCCUCACUCUCCUUAGUCCUCUUUGGAAUGAUAUUCCAAUUCGAAUUAUUCUUGAAGAACAGUUUUGUUGUUGUCUUCCUGCUUUUCUUUCUUUUUCAGUUUAAUAUGAUUAGCCUAGCGUUCGUGCUCUCAUCUUUGAUCAGCAAAUCCUCUUCAGCAACAACUGUUGGUUUCCUUGUGUUUCUCAUUGGUUUUAUCACACAGAUUGUAUCAGCUUCUGGAUAUCCUUAUAAAGACACACGUUCGAUACCUAUCCGGGUGGUAUGGUCAUUGUUUCCACCAAAUACCUUCACUGCGGGUGUGGGACGGCUUCUUGGAGCGGCAUCAACUCCCGGAGUCUCUGGAAUCAAUUGGAGUAAUAUAGGAGCAUGCGCAGCGGACGACGACACUGCUUGCUUUCUUACAUUUAACCAAAUCUAUAUAUGGCUUGUGGGGACAUUCUUCUUCUGGUUUGUUCUUGCUAUCUACUUUGACAAUAUCAUUCCCAAUGCAUCCGGUGUAAGAAAACCCAUCUUCUACUUUCUAAAGCCUAGCUAUUGGACUGGCAGAGAAGGCAACAAAGUUGAAGAAGGGAGCAUUUGUAGUUGUACCGGUUCAGUUCCUCCGGUAGAGCAUAUGACAACAGAGGACCAAGAUGUGCUUGAAGAGGAGACACUAGUUAAACAAGAAGCAAUAGAUGGGAUAGUUGAUCCUAACGUUGCAGUUCACAUACAUGGUCUUGCAAAGACAUAUCCCGGAACCACAAAGCUUGGAUGUUGCAAGUGCACCAAAACCGCCCCUUUUCAAGCUGUAAAGGGUUUGUGGAUGAAAAUUGCCAAAGAUCAGUUGUUUUGUCUUCUCGGACCCAAUGGCGCAGGGAAGACAACUACUAUCAGUUGUUUGACUGGCAUAAAUCCAGUUACUGCUGGGGAUGCAAUAAUUUAUGGAAACUCCAUACGAAGCUCUGUUGGUAUGUCCAACAUUCGUAAAAUGAUAGGAGUUUGUCCUCAGUUUGAUAUUCUCUGGGAUGCUUUGUCGAGUGAAGAGCACCUCCUUCUCUUUGCUAGCAUCAAAGGCCUGCCACCUUCAUCCAUCAAACCGAUUGUAGAGAAGUUACUUGCAGAUGUAAAGCUGACAGGAGCAGCCAAAAUUAGAGCAGGUAGUUACAGUGGUGGAAUGAAACGCAGACUAAGUGUUGCAAUUGCACUCAUUGGUGAUCCAAAGCUGGUCUUCCUAGAUGAACCGACAACGGGUAUGGACCCUAUCACAAGGAGACACGUGUGGGACAUUAUACAAGAAUCAAAGAAAGGCCGUGCCAUCAUACUAACGACACAUUCUAUGGAGGAAGCUGACAUUUUAGGUGACCGAAUAGGGAUCAUGGCUAAAGGCAGGCUCCGCUGUAUUGGAACCUCGAUCAGGUUAAAAUCCCGCUUUGGCACCGGUUUCAUCACUACUGUUAGCUUCAUCGAGAACAAAAACGACGCUGCUGGAUUGAAAAGUUUCUUUAAGGAGAAUUUUUUCGGGGAGCUACAAGAGAGAGAAUCUGAAUUUGGUAUCUCGGACAUCCAAAUCGGGCUUGCAACUCUGGAACAAGUGUUUCUGAACAUAGCAAGACGUGCAGCACUAGAAAGCGCAACGGUUGAAGGAACCAUGGUUACUCUCGAGUUAGAAUCAGGCAUCUCGGUCGAGAUACCUUUGGGAGCAAGGUUUGUAGGUAUCCCUGGGACAGAAAACGCAGAGAAUCCCAGAGGAAUAAUGGUGGAAGUGUACUGGCAACAAGACGGGUCGGGAUCAAUGUGCAUCUCUGGACACUCGCCGGAGAUGCAGAUACCACACAAUGUUGCGGUUAUAUAUGAACCAUCGUCACAAGUCUUGGGACGUGGGCAGCGACGAGUCCGGGGUACCGUCAUUGAUUAUGAAUCGAACAAUUAA